AUGGUGCGUCAGCUGCACGACGGUAUGAUGGCGCGAGUCACGGACAACGGAGCUGUCUCAGAGGCAUUCGCAGUGACCAAUGGAGUGAAGCAAGGCUGCGUACUGGCGCCUACCCUCUUCAGUCUUACUUUCUCUGCCAUGCUGAUGGACGCCUACCGCGACGAACGCCCAGGGAUCCGCAUCGCCUACAGGACGGACGGUCACCUCCUGAAUCAACGGCGGAUGCACUUCAAAUCGCGCGUAUCCACAACCACCGUGCACGAACUCCUCUUCGCCGACGACUGCGCCCUGAACACCACCUCGGAAGAGGAGAUGCAACGCAGCAUGGACCUGUUCUCCGCCGCCUGCGAGAACUUCGGUCUGGUCAUCAACAUACAGAAGACGGUGGUGAUGCACCAACCGCCACCCAACUCGGCCACAGCCCCCAACGCGCCGCCGCAAAUCAGCGUGAAUGGGACCCAACUGCAAGUGGUGGAGAACUUCCCGUACCUGGGCAGUACUCUCUCCCGCAACACCAAGAUUGAUGACGAAGUCGCCAACAGGAUCUCGAAAGCCAGUCAAGCCUUCGGUCGCCUCCAAAGCACAGUUUGGAAUCGUCAUGGUCUCCAACUGAGCACCAAGCUGAAGAUGUCCAAGGCCGUCAUCCUGCCGACACUACUGUAUGGAGCGGAGACUUGGACGGUGUACGCAAAGCAGGCACGUCGUCUGAACCACUUCCACCUCAGUUGUCUUCGUCGCAUCCUGAGGCUGAAGUGGCAGGAUCGAAUCCCCGACACUGAUGUGCUGGAACGGACAGGAAUCCUCAGCAUCUACGCCAUACUGAGGCAAAUUCAGCUGCGCUGGAGCGGCCACCUGGUGCGCAUGGAUGACGAGCGACUACCCAAACGACUCUUCUACGAAGACGUCGCGACGGGUUCUCGCCGUCAAGGAGGCCAGAUUAGCCGUUACAAGGAUACCCUGAAGUCCUCCCUGAAAUGCCUGCAAAUCAACCCCACCAACUGGGAGGAGCUCGCACUCGAUCGACCGGCCUGGAGGAGGACAGUGAAGACAGGCGCUGCGAUCUACGAAGCCGACCGCAUCGCUGCCGCCAAAGCGAAACGUGAAGCCCGCAAAUCACAACUUCGCCCAGUAAGCAACGCCGCCGCACAACCGCUUCCAACGUGUCCUCGAUGUCAACGGACAUUCCGGGCUCGAAUCGGACUUGUUGGACAUCUUCGGAGUAACUGCGCCUCUCGAACGGCACCAACCAUCGUCCCCCCGCCUGCCUCUUCCUCCUCCUCUCCGCCGCCAACUAACCCUGACAAUUCUCCUGACCCAUCACUUCCACCAUCCUCCUCCUCCUCCUCCUCGCCCACUGCUCCAACGGCGGCCGCUCAGGCGACUGUCCCGCGCACAGCAACCGACACUACCACCACCUCCCCCGACUCCAGGGAUGAGAAUCAGGACUACACCUGCCCUCACUGCGACCGUACCUUCACCUCACACAUCGGUCUGGUCGGUCACUUGCGAAUCCAUCGCACAGAGACUGGCGAACCAGUGCGUGAAGCACCAACCUACACCCACCGCACUCGCCUCCACUGCCCACACUGCCCUCGCAGCUUCAGGCAUCGCAUGGGCCUUUUCGGCCACAUGCGCAUCCACGAGAGCGGCCUUGACCGCACUCCCGACACACCCACUACAUCCAACACAUCCACCGUGCACACCCCCACUCUCGUUCCAUCCGUCCGCGACACCACCACCACCGCCGCCUCCUCUGUAGCUGACACUGACACCGCCGACUUCUCAUGCCCACACUGUCCACGCACAUUCACCUCACGCAUCGGCCUAGUCGGUCACUUGCGAAUCCAUCGCACAGAGACUGGCGAACCAGUGCCUGGAGCACCCAUUUAUACCCACCAAGCUCGUAUCAACUGCCCACACUGUCCUCGCACUUUCAGGCAUCGCAUGAGCCUAUUCGGCCACAUGCGCAUCCACGACGACCUGCGGUAG